UCUCCAGGAAACACCAUUUAAAUGAAUAGUGGGAGUGUGCAGUUGCUGGAUUUAACACGGGAGAGGCACAAGCAUCACUCCAACCGGGAAACUACAAGUCGUUUUCUCACAGAAAGGUGUCCAGCAACGACGGCAAAGCUUGAGCCAUGUGUGGGAUCUUUGCCUACCUGAAUUACCGAGUGCCUCGCACCAGGAAGGAGAUAUUUGAGACGCUGGUGAAGGGACUGCAGAGGCUGGAGUACAGAGGGUACGAUUCAGCAGGUAUCGCUGUGGACGGCCCUACCAAGACCACCACCGACGACAACAACAACACCACCAUCUGCUUGAUCAAGAAGAAGGGGAAGGUCAAAUCUCUGGAUGAGGAGCUAUACAAGAAAGACUCACUGGACCUGGACGAGGAGCUGUGCACACACUUUGGCCUCGCUCACACUCGCUGGGCCACACACGGAGAGCCGAAUGCUGUCAACAGCCACCCUCAUCGCUCGGACAAGAAUAACGAAUUUAUCGUUAUCCACAAUGGCAUCAUCACUAACUACAAAGAGCUGAAGAAGUAUCUGAUCACCAAAGGAUAUGAGUUUGAGUCAGAGACAGACACGGAGGUGAUUCCGAAAUUGAUCAAAUAUGUUUAUGACAACCGAGAGAGCGACAACGUCACCUUCUCCACCCUGGUAGAGAGGGUUAUUCAGCAGCUGGAGGGGGCCUUCGCUCUGGUGUUUAAAAGCUGUCAUUUCCCUGGAGAGGCUGUGUCCACCAGGAGAGGAAGUCCAUUGCUCAUUGGUGUGCGAAGCGAGCAUGAGCAGUUGACCGAAAACAUCCCCAUCCAGUACAGCAGUGCUCGCUUUAAGGAGGGAGUCCAGGAGAAGAAUAGCCAUAAUCGUCCUGACUGCUCCAAUGCCAUCAACUCUGUGGGGGAUGGCAGGGCUGUGGAGUAUUACUUUGCCUCUGAUGCCAGUGCCAUCAUUGAGCACACCAACAAGGUGUUGUACAUGGAGGACGAUGACAUUGCAGUGGUGACCUGCGGGAAACUCUCCAUCCACAGGGUGAACCGGCAGGCUGGUGAGAACCCAGUGAGGGCAAUCCAGACCCUACAGAUGGAGCUGCAACAGAUCAUGAAAGGUAACUUUGAUUCCUUCAUGCAGAAGGAGAUCUUUGAGCAGUCGGAGUCAGUAGUCAACACUAUGAGAGGCCGGAUUUGUUUCGACUCCAGCACAGUGGUUCUUGGUGGGCUGAAGGACCACCUGAAAGAAAUCAAGCGUUGCAGACGGCUAAUCAUGAUUGGCUGUGGCACUAGCUUCCACGCUGCAGUGGCUACCAGACAGAUCCUCGAGGAGCUGACGGAGCUGCCUGUUAUGGUGGAGCUGGCAAGCGACUUCCUGGACCGCAACACGCCUGUUUUCAGAGACGACGUUUGCUUCUUCAUCAGCCAGUCAGGAGAGACAGCAGACACCUUGAUGGCAUUACGCUACUGCAAGGAACAAGGUGCUCUGACAGUUGGUAUAACCAACACUGUGGGCAGCUCCAUUUGUAGAGAAACAGACUGCGGAGUCCACAUCAAUGCUGGGCCUGAGAUAGGAGUGGCUAGCACAAAGGCCUACACCAGUCAGUUUGUGGCCCUCACCAUGUUUGGCCUGAUGAUGAGUGAGGACAAGCUCUCCCUACAGAAGAGAAGACUGGAGAUCAUCAACGGCUUCAGGGUGCUACCUGAGCUGAUAAAGAAGGUGUUGGCCCUGGAUAAGAAGAUCAAGGCCAUCGCAGAUGACCUGUAUCAGCAGAGGUCUCUUCUGGUCAUGGGCCGAGGUUUCAACUACGCUACCUGCCUAGAGGGGGCGCUGAAAAUCAAGGAGAUCACUUACAUGCACUCAGAGGGCAUCCUGGCUGGGGAGCUGAAGCACGGUCCUCUGGCACUUAUAGACAAAGACAUGCCCGUCAUCAUGAUCAUCAUGAGAGACGGCUGCUACACCAAGUGCCAGAAUGCUCUGCAACAAGUCACUGCCAGAUCGGGUCGGCCCAUCAUCCUUUGUUGCCAGGACGACCCUGAGGUGACUAAGAAUGCCUACCAGACCAUCGAGCUACCACAUACUGUGGACUGUCUGCAGGGCAUUCUCUGUGUCAUCCCCCUGCAGAUCCUGUCCUUUCACUUGGCCGUCCUGCGAGGAUAUGACGUUGACUUUCCCAGAAACUUGGCCAAGUCUGUCACUGUGGAAUAAUUGCAGUUCACAAAGCACGAGAGCGGUAUAAGAAGACUCAUAGAUUUACAGUGCAAUUGUGCAAUUGAACGUUCACUAUGUUUGUAUGUGUGUGUGUGUGUGUGUGGCAAGUUUGGUGUAGUAGGUGGCUAUGUAUGUGUGUGUGCACAGAUGAGGGUGUGAGUGAGAGUGAGAGAAAGUAACAGAUGAAAGGGGAGAUAUACGGUACAAUGACUUUUAAAAAAACAAAACAAAGAGAAUGUGAAGUCCGAUUCAAUACACUGCUGAGGAAGUGCCAUUGCCACUGAGGCCUCGCGUACCAAUCUAUGAAAACAACUUUCAUACAUCCAAAGCAACAUGCUAUGCCUUUUGUCUUAUCUCGAGUUGAGCCAAGAACACAUACAACAGGCUUAGCAGAAAAGCAUUGAUAUGGUAUAUUGAAGUGUUUACAGUUGUGCAAUAUGUGGACCAAAUGUGCAUUAUUUAUGUACACAAUCAUGAAUGAGGUGAUUAAUUCUAUUCCUGUUUUAUUAAUUUCUUAUUUCUUAGGGCUUCUUACCUCUCUUUGCAGAAUGGGAAAUGUAGGAAUUAAAUAGUUUUAUUCCAGAGAGUUCUCUGAAAAUUCUGAAAAUCAGAUGGGCCAUUAACCCAUAACUUCAAUAUUUUUUACCAGAAACUACCAUAAGGAAGUUCCUCUAUCUAACCUUUACAUUAUUACUUGAUUUUUUUUUAUGUGUUUCUGCUCUAUUUUAUUGUUAUUUCAUUUUAAUUCAAAACAUUUUGAAUUCUGUUUCUGUCUAAGAAUUGCAGUUUAAAGUCAGUUCAUGGUAAAACCUUUUUUCCAGACUUUCUUUAUACUUAUUCUUGUCAUAGGGUGGAGUAUUUCCACACAGACGAGAAUUAUUUAAAGAGCACUCAUGCAGCAAAAAAAAGUAAAGUAAAAGUGACUUUCAGUAAUACUUUUUUGUCAGCCAUUUGUAUGGGUUUGUGAUAAUGACAAUAUUGUGUAUUUAUCUGAUUUUUGAUUUUAUAGGGGCUUAAGAGAGGGUUUGAUUUAUAUGAUUGUCUUUUAUACUGUAUGGUUUAAAGACAUAAACAGGCACUAUCAAUCAAUAAAUAGAUGAAGCAUUCUA